AUGACAGGAACGCAGGUGGUGGUUGUCCCAAAGUCUGCAGAUCUUCAGAGUGUUAUUGGAGUACUUACCGCCAAAGGCAAAGAGUGUGGUGCACAGGGACCAAAUAAGUUUAUUCUUUUGAAUGGGGACAAUGGUAACAGCAAUGGAUCUUUUUCAAAUCUCAUCUCUGAAAACAAAAUAUUUUCUUCCAAUGGACUGGUUGACAAACGGUUAACUGCCAUUAAAUCAUAUAAAGAGUGUGGCCCUCUCGAUGACAGUCUUACAAAUAUUCAGUGGUUGGGACGGAUGAGCACAUGUACCGUAGAGCAACAUCCAAUAAAACCUAUUCUUGACAAAGAUAAGAUGCCAGUUUCCCAGAUGUUGCAGAGUUGUAAUCCUCAAGGGGAUGCAGAAGUGCCACUUAAGCAGCCGCUGUCCGAGCGGCCUCCAUAUUCGUACAUGGCCAUGAUUCAGUUUGCGAUCAACAGCAAAAAGAGCAGGAGAAUGACACUUAAAGAGAUUUACAUGUGGAUUGAGGAACAUUUCCCAUACUUUAGGGAAGUAGCAAAACCUGGUUGGAAGAACUCGAUUCGGCACAAUCUUUCAUUGCAUGACAUGUUCGUUCGUGAAUCAUCAGUUGAUGGCAAGAUUUCUUUUUGGACAAUUCGGCCUGAGGCAAACCGAUGCCUUACUCUUGAUCAAGUCUACAAGCCUGAUUUUAAUCCUAUGAAAGUCCCUGGUCCACCAGCAAUGCUUUUCUUUCUUAAUCAAAAAAGAAUGACAAAUGAAUAUCAGAAUAUCAAGAAAACGCCAAUUGGCACAGAGCGGAAAAUGAAGCCUCUUCUUCCCAGAACUGACUCAUACUUGGUGCCUAUCCAGCUUCCAGUCUCUUCAUCAGCGUAUAUGCCACCUGCACCGUCUUCUCCACAUAAACGUAGCAUUUCUCGAGGCAGCAAAAAAGUUCGGAUUGCUCCAAAGGUACCUCUGGAUGUUUUGGCAGUGAAUUUGAAAGAAGAAGAAGUGGAAGUUCCAGUCCAAAGCACUGCUUUAAAGGAUAGUCCAAAAUCUGCUCCAAUAGUUCCAAAGCAAUCCACCAGCAGCUCUCGACGCAAACAACUCCUCGUGCAUUCUCUGGAUGAAGAACCUGUUUUGUUGUGCCACAGUAACACCUUUAUUGACUCCGGCGUAGUAUCGGAUUAUUCCACUUUCCAUGACCUGCCAGAUUCUGUUAUACAUGACCGUGAGAAUCAAAGUCCUAACCGAGAACUGUCAUUUAAAACACCCAUCAAAAGUAAUACCCACCUAACCUCUUCCACCCCAAGUAAACCACCCUGUAAUAUGCCGCCUGAGCAAUGGAAGGUGACCCCUGUAGGCAAACGCAGUCAAACUGUGCUGGACUUCAGUCCCAUCCGAACUCCUGGAGGACCUGCAGUCACCCCACAACAUGAUUACACCACAUUCAGCUUCAACAGCACGCCGUUUAAAGAUCUACCCUUGUUCAACUCCCCAAGAGAGCUUCUCACAGCCACAACAUCCAGACAACCGGACUACCCUGAGGGCUGUCCUCGUAGCGGUUGUUCCAGAGAACUGCUCCAGGCAACAGGAGCAGUGCCCACUACCCACUCAGUCACAGAAGGACUGGUUCUCGACACCAUGAACGACAGCCUCAGCAAGAUCCUUGUGGACAUUAGUUUCUCAGGUUUGGAUGAAGACGAUCUGGGGAUGGCAAACAUAAGCUGGUCAGAAUUCAUACCACAAUUUAAAUAA